AUGUACGAGAACUUUGCCGAGCUCUAUGCCAUAAUCAAGGCUACGGAGAAGUUGGAGAAGGCUUAUGUUCGAGACAUCAUCAACUCAUCUGAUUAUGAGACCGAGUGCCAGAAGCUCAUUGCUCAUUUCAAGACCUUGGCUUCUGCUCUGAAGGACACUGUCCCCAGCAUUGAGCGGUUUGCUGACACUUACAAGAUGGACUGCCCGGCUGCUAUAAACCGCUUGGUGACUUCUGGGGUGCCUGCCACGGUCGAACACAGGGCUUCUGCUGCUGCCACCGCCACUACUUCGGCUGCAACAGUUGCGGAAUGUGUCCAGAAUUUCAUCACGGCUAUGGAUUCGUUGAAGUUGAAUAUGGUGGCCGUGGACCAGGUGCAUCCUCUGUUGUCAGAUCUCUCGGCUUCACUCAACAAGCUCAGCAUUUUGCCCCCUGACUUUGAAGGGAAGACCAAGAUGAGAGAGUGGAUUUCUAGGCUGUCCAAGAUGGGGGCUUCGGAUGAGUUGACAGAGCAGCAGUCUAGGCAACUUCACUUCGAUCUCGAGUCCUCGUACAAUUCGUUCAUGGCAGCUUUACCCAGCUCUGGUACUUGA